AUGGAGUACUGGGAUGGAGUACUGGGAUGGUAUGCUGGGAUGGAGUACUGGGAUGGUAUACUGGGAUGGAGUACUGGGAUGGAGUACUGGGAUGGUAUACUGGGAUGGAGUACUGGGAUGAGACGUCCUCCAGACUACAGAGUUCUCAGGUUUCUGUUUCCUAGAACACACCUCUCUCCCAGCAGGAAGGGAGAAAGUGAAAGAAAACUGUGGCGCAGUAACUGGUCAUCAACUGUUUUACAGUCUUCACCUGAACUUUACAAUCCAGACCAGAAAACUCCUCAACUCUUCCUGAGGAACCUUCACAAGAUGGCAUCAAAACCAGGAAAGUCUAGCAGAAAGCUGCCUGUUGGUUUCUCUGAAUUGAAGAAAAAACUUAAUAAAGCAGGAACUAAAUUCAUCCAACAGCUUAACAUCAAAGAAUCAAGGAUGAGAGAGAUAGUGAAAGAGUUUCGGAGGAUUUCUGAGGAAUUAAAAAGAAUGCAGAGGGAAACAGACAAAGGUAGAGAAGCAGGAGCAGUAGGACUUGGACUUGGACUUGGACUUGGAAUCCUUGCAGCUCCGUUUACUGGAGGAGCGAGUUUAGCUACUGCUACUGCUGUUGGUGUUGCUGGUGGAGCUGCUGCUGUUGUUGGUGGAGGUGUGGUUGGUACUGCAAAUGUAGUCAAGAUGUCCUCAGAAACUGAUAGUUUAAAGGCAGUAGGCACACUGGGGAAAGAAUUUAAGGAGAUUGUUGAACCACUGAAGAGAACCCUGACAGAAAUACAGGAGACAUGUGAAACACUGGAGGAAAAAGCAGCUGAAGCUCAGUCUGGAAACACUCUGACCAACAUGGAGGAGUAUGAGGACAUCCUCAGACGAGUCACUGAACUGAAGGUGCAGAGUAUAGAAGCUCUUCUUGUAACUACGUUAUCGACACGGAUGAUAGAACAUCUGCUGAAUCUCAUUAUUAAGGUCUUCAGAGUCACUCCAACCCCUGAGGAGGACAAACAGCUAAGAGACACCAUCAUCCAGUUAGCUAAACAGAGCCAGGAAGUCACUGAUGAGUGUGAAAAGAUGCCAGAACUUUUGGAGGAGAUCCUCAGACGAGUGUCUGAACUGCAGGAGGAGAGUUCAGGAGCUCUUCUUGUAGCUUCUGAACUGCAGGAGGAGAGUUCAGGAGCUCUUCUUGUAGCUUCGUUGCUGAUGCUCAUUGUUGGUGUCUUCUAUGUGUGUUAUCGAUACUGACCAUAGACAAUCUGCUGAUGCUCAUUGUUAAGGUCUUCACACUCACUGCAACCUCUAAGGACAGGAAGUUAAGAGACACCAUCAUCCAGUCAGCUGAUCAGGGUCAGAAGGUCACUGAUGGGUUUGAAAAGAUGAAAACACA